UGGUCAGCGUGAACCGGACAAUCAGCCAAGAGACACCAGAACCAGGGCUAGCUGUUUAACACAGACUAACUUCCAUCAUGGCAUUGAGAAGCGCUGUGUGCCGUCUCCUGGUGAACCCUCACAGAUUCGCCACCAUCUCUGCUUCCAGAGCACAGGGAAGUGCAGCACCUGCCAGGCAUGAAAAGACUGAGCAGAGGCCUAAAGCACCUAAGGUCCAGUUCAACUGGCGGGAUGCCCUGGAGCUGGAGGGCCAGCUGACGGAGGAAGAAAUCUUGAUCAGGGAUUCCUUCCGGACCUACUGCCAAGAGAAACUCAUGCCUCGCAUCCUGCUGGCAAACAGAAAUGAAGUUUUCCACAGAGAAAUUGUGUCUGAGAUGGGAGAGCUGGGUGUCCUGGGUCCAACUAUUCAAGGCUAUGGCUGCGCUGGGACAAGCUAUGUGGCUUAUGGUUUGAUCGCCAGAGAAAUAGAGAAAGUGGACAGCGGCUAUCGCACAGUUAUGAGUGUGCAGUCGGCACUGGUCAUGCACCCCAUUAACGCUUAUGGCACAGAGGAACAGAAACAGAAGUACCUCCCCAGGCUGGCUCGCGGAGAAAUUCUGGGUUGCUUUGGCUUGACGGAGCACAACCAUGGCAGUGACCUCGCUGGCAUGGAAACCAGAGCCAAAUACAAUCCAUCCAGUCGCACCUACACGCUCACCGGCUCAAAGGCUUGGAUCACCAACUCCCCAGAGGCAGAUAUCGCUGUGGUCUGGGCCAAGUGUGACGAUGGAAAGAUCCGCGGCUUCAUCUUGGAGCGCGGCAUGAAGGGCUUCACCACGCCGAAGAUCGAAGGAAAGUUCUCCCUGAGAGCCUCGGUCACUGGAAUGAUCGUCAUGGACGAGGUGGAGGUUCCUGAGGAGAACCUGCUGCCUCAUGCCUCCGGGCAGGCCAGAGACAUGCUGGGAGGGAACGGCAUCUCCGACGAGUACCACAUCAUCCGCCACGUCAUGAACCUGGAGUCUGUCAACACGUACGAAGGUACUCACGACAUCCAUGCGCUGAUCCUGGGCAGAGUCAUCACGGGGCUGCAGUCCUUCACUGCGGACAAAUAGAUCUGACUUCCUUCUGCUGGACUCAAAAAAUCAACUCACAUCUCAGCUCUGUUAAAUCACAAGCAGAUUUCAGAUAACUUCUAUGAACUGUCAUCUAUGUAAGAGAGAUGAUUGUGUUCUCUCAGGUUUGUAGAAAAUCUAUUGAAAUGCUUUAUUUAGAGAGAAAAUUACGUACAUUUU